AUGUUUACACUUUUAUUACUUAUCUCAUUUGGUUUUGCUUUACCUUACUCAGGACAAGAAGAAAAAGUUAUUGUUGAUAGAACUAAGAACGUAGAAAAAGCUUUAAAAAAGGUUAUUCAAGAAGUUAGCCAAAAGAAUAAAAUUAUUGAUAACUUAAAAGAUACUAUUGAUAAAAAUGCAUCUAAAGAUGGUGCUCAUGCCCAUCAGACUAUUCUUAAUCAACAAUCUAAAUUACUUCAUAAAGUAGAACAAUCAACUAAAGCACCAGCUGGUGAUAAAGUUAUUAACUUAGAUAAACUUGUUGAUGACAAAAAAGAUAAAACUAAAGUUGUUGUUAAGAAAGCUACUCCUAAGAAAACUACUGAUAAAACUUCUAAAAAAGUUGAAACAGCAAAAAAAGAAGUAAAAAAAGAUCAAAAAAAAGCUAAAAAAUAUGUCAAAAAAGCAGAAAAAAUUCAAAAGAAAAUUGUUAAAGCACAAGAGAAAGGAAAUACAGAAAAAGUAGCUCAACUACAAAAUAAGUUUAAUAAAACUAUUAAAAAAGCUGCUAAUGAAAAGAAGAAAGCUAAAGUUGCUAAAAAACAAGUUAAAGAAUUAAAACUAAAAAAACAAGCAAUUAAAACUGAAAAUAAAUAUAGAAAACAAUUAGGAAAAAGUGCUUUAAAACCAAAAGAAUCAGUUAAAAAGACUAAUACUAAAAAAGUAGUUCCUGCUCAAAUUAAGAAAGAUUUAAAAAAACAAAUUAAGAAAGAAGAAAAAAAGGCUGCUCAAAAAUCAAUAAAGAAAGUUAAUACUUUAAAGAAAGCUAUUCAAGUUAAUGUUAAAACUGCUUCAGAAUCUUGUCCAAAGAAAGCUGCUAAAGUUGAGGUUAUGACAGAAAAGGCUGCAUUAUUACAUAAAAAAGCAUUGGGAGAAUUAGAUAAAGGAAAUAAAAAGGCUGCAGUAAAAUUAGCUACACAAGCAUCUACAUUAGCAGAUAAAGCUGUUGCUGUUCAAAAAAAAGUUGUUUCAAGUGUAAAGAAAUCAGUAAAGAAAGAUGAAAAGAAGAAGAUUGUUGCUAAAGCUAAAGGUGAAAAGAAAGAAAUUAAGAAAGACGUUAAAAAACAACAAAAGAAAUUAGAUAAAGCAAAGAAAGAAGUUGCAAAAGCUGAAAAAAAAAUCCAACAAACUACAAGUAAAACAACCCAGAAAAAACAACAAAAGAAAUUAGCUCAAGCUCAAAAAAAAGUUAUUAAAGCUCAAAAAAAUAUAAAAAAAGAUAAUAAAAAGAUUGCUAAAGUUGAAAAGAAAGCUGCUAAGAAAGUUACAAAAGUUGAAAAGAAAGCUGCUGUUAAGAAAACACCAACUCUUACUAAAUUAGAAAAAAAAGUUGUUAAAAAAGGAAUUAAAACUAACAAAGAUAUUGGAGGUGUAAUUCCAAAGUCUCUUGCUUUUGGAGUUAUAAAAGAGUCUCAGGGAUUUGUUAAGAAAGCCGAAUGUCCUGAAAUGGUUAUGGCUCGUUUAGCACAAAAAGCACAUUUAAGUCCAGUUAUUCAAAAAGCACAAAAUAAAUUAGCUGAGAACCAAGUUAAGAUUUAA